AUGGUUGUGGAACACAGAGGUUUUCGAAGUAGAUGGAGUAGCAGUGCCGCUGCCGUGUCUGCCAGUGAUUUGCAAGACGUUGACAGCGUGGGCCCUACGACAGAUAUUGAUUGCAGUUGGGAACAUGUUGAAUUUCCUGACACUGAAAACUUGUUUGGCAAUUUUGAUAACAAUGACGCUUUGGAUUCAUCGCUGGAAGCUUUGCACAGUCAUGAUGUUUUGCCUUUACAGGAGCCACGUUUCAUGCACCCGAAACCUAAGUCUGUUGCAACCAAACCUGCAUCUUUGUCGGCUGAGAGCUUAGCAGUCAAGCGCACUGCAGAUGAGUUGGCAUCAAGACAUGUCCACAAGUUGACAUCAGACUUGAAACAGCCUUGGCAGAAGGAUUCAGAACUGUCUCAAGUCUUCAUGGAUGUUUUCUCACCAAAGGCCACAGGUACGAUUCUGAAGAGGCCCUACAACACCAUCACAGUUUGUGGAAGCCUUGAGAUUUUCAGACACCUUGAUUGGGUUCACAUCCUCAUCACUGACAGACAUGCUCAGCCCAAGGGUGCAAUGACUUCCAAGCACAAGUCGUCACGUGGAAAGGAGCAACAAAUGGAGCUUCUGCCAUUUACUGCGCUGGGCCAUGUUACAGCUGAGGAAUCAUGGGGCGACAGCUGGAUGAAGUCACGAGAUGCUGCUGAUGUGGGGUCCUGGAAUUAUUUCCUGAACUCCUGGUCUGAGAGCGAACAAACUUGGAUAGAGUCCCGCAUGUCCACAGCAGAGGCAACUGGAUGGCUUCGUGAAUUGUUGGAGCCCCGUGUUGGAAGUGACAGAGCCUCAUCCCUGACAGUGCAUGGAUUGAAAGCCACCUUGUUGAGCUGGGCGGCCAAAAGUACCCUUUUUACGGCAGAUGAACAGUUGGCAUUGGGGCAUCAUGUCAAUGCCCAAUACAGGUCAGCGAUGAUCUACUCACGGGACAACCAGAUUGGGUUGUGCAAAAAGGUUCACACGAUGUUCAUGCGCAUCAGGGAUGGCACAUUUGACCCCGAUGCAACCAGGGUCAGCCGCUUGUUUCAGCUGGCCUUUGACACGGCUCUUGAAAGAGAUGGUGGAAGCAGCGACAGCAGUUCCAUUGAGUCAGAUGACGCAUCCUCAGUGGCUUCGUCAAAUGGGGAGCACUCCAGCUUGGAGCAAAAGACCACGUACAGGCGCUUGGAGGCUGACGACAUUGAGGCAGACCAAUGCUUGAUCAACAAGAGCUCGAAGGUGAUUCACCUACUGGCUGGAGAGGACGAGAAAUUCUGGUGCGGCAGGCAUGACGAGGCUUUGCACUCCAAGGUUGACACUUCUUUGGCGCUUGAUAAUGCUGGGGGUCUGCGACUCAGCAAGAAGCAACGCCUUGAGGAUGUGAAUGUAACAGGUGAACACAAACUGCGACAAGCGUUUCUGAGAAGGUCACUGGCUUAUGACUUAGCUGGCAUAGCCACCUUUGCUGUGCUUGACUUGUGGACGCAGAAAAAUUUUUUCGAAAAGAUGAAUGAAGCCCCGCUCUCAAACUACAGGCACAUCAGUGUUGAGCAGGUGAUUAAUGCUGACAAGGCUUUGUGGGUCAAAGUAUCUAAUGAAACUCGUGGUCGACUGCAACCGAAGACCGGAGCAGAUAAGCCUUUUGAUGUUUCCUUCGAAAAAUUCGCAGAGCAUCCGGAAGUCUUGCAGCACUUGACGCCACUGCAGAGUGUAGGGGCUCACAAACAGGACACGUCAUCGACGUUCUCUGGUGGAAAGGGCAAAGGUGGAAAUCACGGGUGUCUUCACAUCAUUGGCGGAAGACUGCCCCCAGAAUCAUGUGCAUGCAUCAUGGCAACCUUACAAGAGCGAUCAGGGCUCAAAGAUCUUCUACGCUUGGGCUUAGGUCAACAAAGCAUUAGACACCCCCCGCUGGUGCCUGAGUACAAGGAAUUUUUACACCUCAAUGACAUUUCCAAUAAUCCAGCCCAGAAACUACUUGCUGCUCCACCAAAUCAUGGGGAAACGAACGCUGAGCAGCAGCAGGAUCUCGAAUCAGGGCCUGUCAAAAGGCCCAGAACCACUUUCAAGUAUGGAGUUUGGCAUGAGCCGGAAGAGUUCCUGAAGAAAGCUCAGGAGGCAAAGCACCCUAUCGACCAAGAUUCUUUUCUGCACCAAAUCACAAAGGACGCCAUCGUACAGGUGGUUGGAGCUUGCCCGACAAAGCUGGCCAAAGAGCGUUUGGCAACCGUUUUUCAUGUGAAGAAGUUGUCCAUAGACCUCAAGCUGCAAGAGAAGGAACUCAAAGCGAGCUUGCAUCCAGACGUUAGCCGAUGUGUCAGUAGCAAAAACAUACUGCUUUUCGAGAAGCUUCUACUGCAAACGGACUACUGGGACAUGGACGUUGUAAACCUUUUGAAAUUUGGAGUUCCUUUGGUGGGCCUGCAAGAACCGCCAACCGGAUACCAACGCAUGCUGGUGCCUGCAAGCAUGACAGAAGAUGAGCUGAUGGCGUCGGCUAGAUGGCGCAGAACCAGCAUAAUGCAAAGUGCGAGACAGCUAUCCAAGAGCGAGGAGGAUGCCUUGUUGGAGGCGACUUCCUCUGAGGUUGAGAAAGGCUUUUUGCAAGGUCCGUACUCCGAAGCUGAGAUGUCGGUCAUGAUGGGAACCGAAUGCUGGUCAUUGAACCCGCGCUUCGUCCUGUUUCAAGGGGUGAAUCAAAAGGUGAGGGUCAUAGACGAUGCAAAGCAGAGUGCAGUCAACUCAGCGUACUCGUCGACAGUGAAACUCCAAUUGCAAGACGUGGAUUACGCUGCGGCCAUGGUACUGGGUGCUAUGCACGGCUGCAGGGUCCUGACAUUAGCCUUCAGCGCAUUGCUCGACUUGCUUGGAUGGGAUCAUGCAAAAGAAGGCGACAAAGCCCUCAACUUCUCGGCGACGUUUGACUUGCUUGGCGUAACAUUUGACCUCAGUGGUAUGAGCUUAGGUACCUUGGUGGUCAGAAACAAAACAAGUCGGAUUGAAAAGUUGUGUGCGAUGCUUGAUCAGGUGGCGAAGGACAAAAACAUUUCUGCAGCAAAGGCGAGUGAGCUUCAGAGGCUUCUAAAUUUUGCAGUCAGCUUCUACUUGGGCCGGAGCAUGAAACAUCUGGUGUCAGCUUUUAUGCCUUUCGCUGAUAAACCCCAGAAUUUCAAUGCUUCUGAUUUAGAAAGUCUUUGCCUGUACACCAAAACAAUGCUUCUGGAGCAGAAGCCUCGUGUGCACUCUGUUCUGAAUGUUGGCCGGCCCGUGGUCAUUUUUACAGACGGAGCUUGGGAGGACGGCAUUGCUACUGCAGGAGCUGUUUUGGUUGAUGGUGACGUCCGACUGGCAUUUCAACUUGAAGUACCACAAACUCUCGUGGAGCACUGGUUAACAAAUGCUGGAGAGCAGAUAAUAUCACAGGUUGAGCUAUGGGGCCUUGUCAUGCUCAAAUGGUCGCGCCGUGAUCACUUACUAAAUCGCAGGGUCAUCGAGUGGAUUGACAACGAAUCUGCGAGGAUUUCUUCCAUAAAGGCCAACAGCCAUUCUCCUACCAUGCGAGCACUGUCUAGGGUGUUAGCUGAUCUUGAUCUUCGAUAUCCAGCCUUCUCUUGGACAGAACGAGUUUGCUCGUACUCGAACCCGGCAGACUUACCUUCUCGCAACCGCUUGAAAGAAGCCAUGAAGAAGUAUUGCCUGGAGGAUGGCGGUGUAGUCAAAGCUCCCGCUGACCUAGUGAACGCUCUGCUACAACUCCACAGAUCUCCUUACAUGCUGCUCACAAUAACGGGGGAGAAUCACUGA